UUACAGUUAGUGAGGAUGGAUAGUCAGAGCAAACUUUAUACGGAAUUUAACACGGUCCGCUUCCGGUGGAGCUGUCAACAAAACAGGCCACGAGUUUCCAAAGCAGACCUCAUGCCGAAGACACAGAUGAAGAGGAAAGCCCCGGAUAAGGUUGUGCAUCCGUACAGCCGGAAAGCAGCCUACAUGGCCCGGGAGGAAAUCCGACUCCAAAAGAAAGAACGACAUAAACUUGACAAAGCUGCACGCCUCAACAACAUUGGCGAAAAGCUGUUAUGGUUUCAGAGCCAGUUGGACCCAGAAAAGACAGCAUUCUGCAAAAAGGAUGCUUGUGACAUCAUUGAAAGGUACCUGCAGCGGUUUGACGACGAGCUGGAGCAGAUCGAGAUGAUGAACGGCAUCAAGGGGCGUCAGGGGCGCCUCCACGGCUCCAGGGAGGAUUUCAUCAAGCAGACCAUAGAGCGCGAGCGGGCGCUCUACCACGGUGCCGGGUUUGAGAUUCCAGACUUCAUCAAUGCAAAACAUCUGAAAACGUUCAGGGAAUGGACGGGCGAUCUGAAGAAACUUCCCAACAUUAAACUGAGAAAGGUUUCCAGCAUGGGCGCGGAAGUCAACGAGAAAGAGAAGAACGACGACCAACGGGAAGAAAAGUUGGACGAUGAUAAAGUUGAGGAGGAGUCGGACAAAAUUACUCCGAUGUCCGAUUCCAACUAAGACACGUAAUAUUGUCUUUCGGGAGCCUUGUCAAAGACUUUUUAACCGCAAACAACAAGCUUGCUACACUUUGUUUAUUGCACAAACAAAAGUGUUGUAGCUCAGCAAAAUAUAUUUUUAUCCAAAGACAAGAAAAAGUGGAGUCAUUAUGGUUUUUGUGGGAUCUCUUGGAGAAAAGUGAACACGUAAGUUAAAGUAAAUAACUUCUUUUUCUUUUUAGACAGUGAACGAUACGGUGGCCUGGAAGUGAUUUAGUAAUGGAUAAGUUUCCAAUUACACCAUCUUGUGUGUCAUAAAUGUCAGAGAACACAGGUGAGAGGUGAAGCGAAGUUUUUUUUUUUUUUUUUUUCUAUCGUUAAUUUAUCCGAUUGGUCUAAGGGAAACCUGGGACUGUGGUGACGUCAUUGGAAACCUAUCCAUAAAUUGUCAUUUUUUUUUUGUCUCCUGAAAUGUUUCACAAUUUGUGAUGUUGCAGGCCACCAUAGAAAGACUUCAAUCUGACCUUGAAAAUUUCAUACAUCACCCCAAAAAUCAUUUCUUAAAGCUUUAAAAGGAAAAACAAAGAAUGUUUACUCGGGAGAGCCGAUUGUCGAAGUGGUCAAAAAAUAAGUGACUGAGCCCCUUUUUUAAAAAUUCU